AUGUCCGUCGAGCUCAACCAGGGAAAGCUCUUUCAAUUCAAGCUCGUCCUCCUGGGUGAGUCCGCCGUCGGCAAGUCAUCGCUUGUCAUGCGCUUCGUCAAGGGACAAUUCUCAGACUUUCGCGAAUCAACCAUUGGCGCCGCAUUCCUGACACAAACGCUUGCUCUAGACGAGGAAACCACAGUCAAGUUUGAAAUUUGGGACACGGCAGGUCAAGAGCGCUACAAGUCGCUUGCACCCAUGUACUACCGCAACGCUAAUUGCGCUGUGGUUGUGUAUGAUAUCACACAAGCUGCGUCGCUCGACAAGGCAAAAGCUUGGGUGAAGGAAUUACAGAGGCAGGCGCAGGAUAAUAUUGUCAUUGCUCUUGCUGGUAACAAGUUGGAUCUUGCAGCAGACAAGCGUGCCAUCCAAACGGCCGAUGCACAGGCGUAUGCGGAUGAAGCAGGAUUGUUGUUCUUUGAGACGAGUGCAAAGGAAUCCGAGAAUGUGCAGGCAUUAUUUGAGGCUGUUGCACGCAAGUUGCCCCUUGAUCAGCCAACAAAUCGCGCGGGAGGUGCGCGGCAUGCGUCAGCGGCAGCGAGACAAGGAGGCGUAGACCUCAGUCGACCUGCGGCAGGUGGACUGACUGGACCUGGAGGCUGUCAGUGUUGA